AUGAAGCCGACCAGCCCUCCUAACCUGUCUGAGUUGGUGGUCGAGCUCAUCGAGUUGAUCGCAGACUCCUGCGACGGGGACAGUAUCUUGCAGCUGCGUUUGGUGUGCCGAGAGCUGCAGACAAAAACUAUUCACUACUACGCGCGCCGCUUCUUCUCGUCCGUCAAGACUGAUCUCUCCAGCGACAGUCUCCAUCGCAUAAAUGCCGUCUCGCAACAUCAGCUUAUACGACCCUAUGUGCAAGGCUUAGCUUUCAUGCUCCAGAAAGGCGUAGGCCAUGGCAUAGAAUGGGAGCGCUAUCAAUGGGGACCCUUGUCUGAGCCACUGCAAAUCGAGGCCAUUCGAACUUUACAAAAUAACCUCCUUCAUUGUCUGACUAACUGUCGCUCAUUUUUCAUUUUUUGUCGAUAUCCUGAAGGCCAGCCGGAUCUGGGUCGGGUUACCAUCACAGACGCCGUGCGGUUUCGGAGUGCGUGGUCGAAUCUCAAGAAACUGUCUCUGGAGCAGUAUCUUACUCUAGAAAACUUUGGUUUUUUGCUGGAACUGGUUCUCAGUGCCCCGAAUCUUGAGACUCUUUUACUUAAUCUAGGAUCUCACGAUCUGUCUUGUGAGUUUAUCCACGAAUUAGCCGAAACGGGCGCACUGUCUCAAUUACAUGAGUUGGCUUUAUUUCGGACUUCAAUGCACGGGCCAGACGUCACGAAACUUCUUCGCAAUAUCCAAGGGAGUCUCUGUGCCCUCACUUUGUAUCAUGUCUCUCUAUCGCCAGAUGACAGCUGGGUCUCUAUCAUUCAAGCUCUUGGUGAGGACUUUCUACGCUUGCAGAGCAUCUCUCUUUACUACCUCUGGUGUAGUACACCGUCCAAGGAGCUAUUGGCAUUUCCAGACCUUGGGAAGGUCCCUGCUUUGCAUAACUUGCCAGAACAACAUCUCCAUAUGUUCUACUCGGAAACUUCCAAGAGCCCAACUGUGCUGGGAUUGGAGUAUUCAGGGCCCAAGAUGUCGCAGGUAUUGAGACUGCUGCAAACAACGAGCAAGUGCACUGGAUGA